AUGUGUCAGGUCGUUCGCCAUGCACUAAAGCGACCAAAAGUAGGGGAGCGUACAAUGCUAGCCUGUAUUGGGUUGCAUCAACGAGAAUGCCUUGUGGAAGACACUGCUACGGGGCUACAUCGCCCACGUAACUACAUGCAGUCGCUCGAAUCACGCGUGGUUUACCUGGGAAGCUUUCUUCGAGAAUCGCGUCCGGACAUAUCUUUGGACGGAGAUGAUCAGAGUAGAACCAUGAAUAACGAGUCUGUUGUUCCCUUUGUUCCACCAACCUCGGCCCAGAUGCCUGGAGUUUCAACCUUUGGCCAGGACUCACCCGAGAGGGCGUACACGGGUUCUUCCCAUACACAUCAAGCAUCAUCGACACUUCAAAAUGAACACGCUGGGCAAGUAGACCAUCUCUCUUCUGAAGUUGCCAUGCUGUGUUUGAAUGCCGCAGGUGGUGAACCUCAAUAUUUCGGUCCUUCGUCGGCCGUCUCAUUCUCCAGGAUCAUCAGUGCAACAAUGGGCCUCAAAAGCGAUCCAAAUUUAUCAACACCACGUACUGCUGAUUUAGAUGAGAGUGAUCCCCGUGUUCCACGUACAGAUAGAGUACCGCAACUACCACCACCGAGUGUGUCAGUUAAUCUAACGCGGGCGUAUUUCGAUAACAUUCAUCCUCAGUACCCUUUCCUGCACCGUCCAACAUUCUGCAAAUGGGAACAGGAAGUUCGCAACGCCAGCGAAUCAGUAGACAAUUCUACCGCCGGCGAGAUUCCCAUAUUUUUCGUUCUUAUGGCCUAUGCGACGGGCUCCCUCGUAAUGAGUCAAAGUCAAGACUAUACAGCAUCGACGUACUACAACAUGGCCUUGGAUCAUCUCCCCGCCGUCCUUGCGCUUAAUAAUUUGGAAUCAGUCCAAAGCAUAUUAUGCUGUGCAGUUUACUCCAUCAGAUCACCUACUGGACCCAGUCUUUGGAAAAUAUCAGGCAUGGCCAUUCGCCAUUGCAUCGAGUUAGGGUACCACAGAAGCGCGGACAAGUAUCGCAAACAUAUUGAUCCCUUGACAAAGGAACUUUCUACAAGGUGCUUUUGGGUCGCAUACGACAUCGAUCGUGUUGCAGCGUUCAUCCUUGGCCGGCCAGUGGCUAUCCCAGAAGAGUUAAUCGAUGCAGAGCUUCCUCUAGAUAUCGAAGACGAGAAGAUUACUCGAGACAGUCUAUUGGAAAAACCCCGUGCUACUGAUGACCAGCUGCCGACUAUCAUGACGGGUACUAUUCAUGUUAUCGCGUUAAGGAAACUAUGGGCGAAAAUCCACGCUACGCUCUAUUCACCUAACUUACAACACCCCAGCACGACUAGCGAAUUUGCUAUUGUUGAGGGCCUGCGCCAAGAAUUGGAAGAUUGGCAUGCAUCAGCUCCCAUACACUUAGACUAUACAGCUACCCAUCCUUUAUCGGUGUUCGCAUCAAACUAA